GGAGAAUCCACGAGCCUCACAGAGACAAGCGUCACAUACACACCAUGGGCGGCGAGUCAGUGAGCACCGCGAGCACCACCAACGGGACCACCCCCUACUCAGUGCCGGCUGGUGUGGCCACCAAGGCGCAGAACAUCUACUUCCACGAGGGCAACCUCAGCCGCGAUGAGAGGGAGGCCCUCAUGGGACACAAAGGUGCCACCAUUUGGAUGACCGGACUCUCGGGGUCAGGCAAGUCUACCGUUGCAGUCGCCUUCGAACAGGUCAGCCAGGGAGGGGGGGGGGGAUGCAGAGGAGGAGGGCAGCAAGCACCGCCGCCUGUCGAUGCUUGCCAACGGCACCUUUUCGUUCUGUGUGUUGUGUGUCCAGGUGUUGCAUCAGCGCGGCAUCCACGCGUACCGUUUGGACGGCGACAACGUGCGUUUCGGCCUCAACAAGAACCUCGGCUUCUCCGCUGAGGACCGCGCCGAGAACAUUAGACGCAUCGGGGAGGUCGCCAAGCUCUUUGCCGAUGCCGGUAGGUAGGCAGGGAGGGAAUGGAGGGAGGGAGUAAUGGACAGACGCACAGCCACACGCCACUGCUGGUCUCCUCUCUGUGUGUGUUGGUUGGUGGCAUAGGUAUGGUGGUGAUCACGUCGUUCAUUUCUCCCUACAAGGCCGACCGCGACGCCGCCCGUGAGCUGCACAAGGCGGCCGGCCUGGCCUUCUACGAGGUGCACGUCAACUGCCCUCUCGAGGAGGCCGAGAAGCGCGACCCCAAGGGCCUCUACAAGAAGGCUCGCGCCGGUCAGAUCAAGGGCUUCACCGGCAUCGACGACCCCUUCGAGGCGCCCGAGCAGGCCGAGAUCGACCUCAGGACCGACCAGCUGUCCGUCGAACAGGCCGUUCAGGUCAGUCAACCAGCCACACGACAGAUGGCAGACGUGUGUUAACUCUCGUGGUGUUGCCCGUGUGUGUGGGUCAGGUGAUGUUGGACAAGCUGGAGGAGGGCGGCAUCCUGUCGGCGGCCGGCUCCCAGGUCUAAACGACCAGGACAACACACCCACACGACACCAGAGGGGCCACCGAACACCUAUCGCAUCACACGACUCUGCUCGAGAACAAGAGAAAAGGGGAAAGACAGGAGGGAGGAGAGGGAGCGAAGGCGAGAGAGAAUUAUUCGUGUUUAUCGCUGUGUGUGUGUGCGUGCAUGGGUCUGUGGCUUUUCAGGGGUGUCGAUAGAUACGUAUACUACAUGUGGGCUCAGCUCUGCUCGAUCAGAAAGUGGUUUGAUGCGUGCCUUUAUCACACGUACGAGUGUAUGAUGGGGUACCACGAGCCCGAUGUCCG